AUGGUCGACGCUUUCAAGACGACAACCUCGUCGUUGCUCGUCCCGACGACUACUUCCGUUUCGCCCAUCCCAACCGUCAUCCCCAACCCUCCUCACUACGAGAAGGUGGGCGAGACGGGUACCAAGACGCUAUGGGUUGCCUUUGUCAUAAUGCUCGUGUCCACGAUUGCAUUCGCCACCCUUUCCUACAGAGUCCCAGUCCAAAAGCGGCUCUUCCAUGUCCUGACCACCUUCGCCGUCGUCAUCGCCACCCUCUCCUACUUCGCCAUGGCCACCGGCAGCGGCACAUACUAUGCGUACCACCUCGCCCGCGAGCACCACAAGCACGGCAUCCCAGAUACCUUCGAACCCGUUCUUCGACAGGUCUUCUGGGUGCGCUACGUCGACUGGGCAUUGACGACUCCGCUGCUGCUCCUCGACCUGGCCUUCCUCGCCGGCGUCAACGGCGCCAACAUCUUCGUCGCCGUGUUCGCCAACAUCGUCACCAUGCUUACCGGCCUCUUCUUCGCAUACAGCGAGAACACCAGCCAGCGCUGGGGCUGGUACGCCAUGGCCUGCGUCGCCCACCUCGUCGUCAUCUACCAGCUGAUCGUCGUCGGCCGCCGCGCCGUCUUGGGUGAGGACCGCAAGGCCGCGACGCUCUACGUGUCCCUCGGCGCCCCCAGCCUCGUCAUCUGGACCCUGUACCCGGUCGUCUGGGCCAUCGGCACCGGCGCCCGCAAGUGGUCCGUCGACGCCGACGUCGUCGCCUACGCCGUGCUUGACAUCCUCGCCAAGUCGGCUUUCGGCUUCUGGCUGCUGUGCGCACAGGCUUCGGCCGAGUCUCCAUAUACCUCGAUUGGUGGCUUCUGGUCUCAUGGCCUCAGCACCGAGGGCGCUGUGCGUCUAGGCGAGGAGCCGUAG